GGGCACACCAGCCAGGCAGUUGCAUCCUUUGGGGGAAAUGGCGAGCAGCUCCCUUGCUGUGGCCAUUGGUCUGCUGGGAUGUCUCAUCCACACCGACUGUGCAGUUUUUGUCAACCAAGAAAAGGCAAGCACUGUUUUAUACCGACAUAGAAGGUACAAUACUGGACGGCUGGAGGAAGUGGUCCCAGGGAACCUGGAGCGGGAGUGCAUGGAAGAGAAGUGCAGUUAUGAAGAAGCCAGAGAAGUCUUUGAAAAUGACCAGAAAACGAUGGAAUUUUGGCGUUUCUACCUUGAUGGAGAUCAGUGCACUUCAAAUCCCUGUCAGAACGGAGGCACGUGCAAAGACGACAUCAGCAACUACGUCUGUUGGUGCCCUGCUGGGUACGAAGGCAGGAACUGUGAAUUAGAUGCUACCUGCUCAACUAGGAAUGGUGGCUGCAAACAGAUAUGUAAGAAUGGCCCGACGGGGACAGCUGUCUGCUCUUGUGCUCCGGGAUACAGACUGAUGGAUGACAAUAGGAGAUGUGAACCAACAGUCCCCUUUCCGUGUGGAAGGAUCACAUCUCCAGAGGCGCUGAACGAUAAAAGCACCCGUGCAACAAACACUAUCGAUGACUGGAUCAUCCAUCCCAACGCUACCGAUGAGGAUGAAGAGUCGGUCAAUUCGAUCCAGAUCGUUUCUAGGAAAAGCAACCGUACUCGAGUGGUUGGUGGCCAGGACAGCAAGAAGGGAGAAGUUCCUUGGCAGGUUUAUCUGCGCAAUUCUGAAGGAAAAGGCUUCUGUGGAGGGUCCAUCAUCAAUGAAAAGUGGAUUGUCACCGCUGCACACUGCCUUAUGCAGAACGUGAUUGAUAUUGUAGCAGGUGAACAUAAUGUGAAUUCUCCAGACCACACAGAGCAAGUUCGGCAGGUUUCAAGAGCCAUCCCUCACCCCACCUAUAACACGACAAACAUGUACCACAAUGACAUUGCCCUCCUCGAGCUGGCGUCGCCGCUGGAACUGAACCAUUACGUCACCCCGAUAUGCCUCGCCGACCGAGAGUUCACCAACAACCUGCUCCGGUUCGGCCUGGGCACGGUGAGCGGCUGGGGCCGGCUGACCCACCAAGGGAGGAUGGCGAGCGUCCUGCAAGUUCUGCGGGUUCAGUUCAUCGACCGGCUGACCUGCCUGAGAAAUACCCGGUACAGCAUCACGCCCUUCAUGUUCUGUGCGGGUGUCCCGGCCGAAGCAAAGGACACCUGCCAGGGGGACAGUGGAGGACCGUAUGCAACAGACCUCGAGGGCACUUGGUUCCUCACAGGAAUAACCAGCUGGGGUGAGCAGUGUGCUCAGAAGGACAAGUAUGGUGUCUACACCCGAGUUGCCAAGUACAUGAAGUGGAUAAGAGACACGACGAGGCUUAGAUGAAUUCAGAGCCAGUCCAAGCAAAUUCUGCUCCUUUUCUGAGUAGACGGAUAAGCAUUCAACCCCAUUUUCAACUCUGACAUGGUUUCACACAGGUUUCUUUUAGAAAAUGGUUUACAUGGGAAUUGCUACCUGGGAGAGUCAGGAAAAUGAGUCAUGAGCUCAGUGAGUGGGAUUGCUUGGCUCGAAUUGUGGAAACCAACAUGCAAGGACCGUAAGGUUGAGUCUUCAACAGGUCCUAUCUGCUUAAGUACCGUGUUGUGUUGUGCUUUGAAGCACCUACAAACACGUCUGUUGUGAAGGGAAAUGCCAGGGUCAUAAUGCCGCUUAGGAAAUUAGCAUAGCAAAUGCAUUGAAAGGCAAAAUUGGCACUCGGUGCACCCCUGUAUGAAGGAGACAGUGAAACAUAAAUAAAAAGACAACAUGAAAAAGAAAACACCUGUAUUGCACUGAAUUUGAGCAGCACAGAACCCUCCAUAUGACAUGAAGUGCUUUCAUAUAUAUUUUUCUUUAUUUAUCAAUGUUGAUAAUUCCUCUUAAAUAUAGAUUUAACACAUUUUUACAAGAACAUUUACAAUAUAUUUUAAAUCUCUAGGCAGGGGAAGGGAUUCCCUCCUCCAGUAAAGCUUGGACUAUCAUAUAUGUUAACUGGUGACCCUGUUUACUUUUAAGAUGUCAUCACCAAUUUGUGCAAAGUUUUAGAAGUCCAACAGUGCAAUUCUGUACAUUUCUAUGCAGAAGUGAGCCCAACAGCCUACUUUCAGGUACGUGGGUAUCUGAUUGCAGCCAAAGACAGCACGUUCAGAUUAACAGAACUAGCUCUAUUCAGGGAAAUGUGUAAGGUACAGAACAAAGAAGUCAAGAUCGAAAGUCCAAGAUGUGUUACUUGCCUUGUGAUUGCUAAGAAAAGUAUUUCGAUAUGACCUUUUUUUAAAAAAAUUGACCUAUGGAGAGCAGGACUGGAUCUACGGUCAUUAACCUGAUUGGGUUCUAAUUUUGGAAUUUGUGUGUUAAGAAAUAUCUCUUCAAAUAUCUUAAUAAAUCUAUUAAGAAUC